AUGGAGGUGCACAGCAGCAAGAACUUCGCCCCGAGCAGAGGCAGCACCCAGGGCACCGCUGGGAUGCUGCUGCUCCGGGCCCUGGAAGACCUCUCCGAAUUGGAUUUUAAAAAAUUUCGGGAUGCGCUGGCACGUGGAGACCUACGGGGCGGGCGCCGCAUUCCCUGGGGGCGGCUGGAGAAGGCCGACUACGAAGAACCUCAUGCUGGAUUUCUACGGCGAGGAGGCUGCCCUGGAUCCCUGAGGCCCACUCCUCUGCGGGGUUCAUCAUCACCAUCAGCGGCGAGGAGAAACGCAGGGGGCUCUGCCACUGCUUGCCCUGCGGUCUGCGGAUGUUUGUGGUGGCUUCCCGCCUUUCCAAAUUACCAGAGGAAGUACAAAAAAGCCAUACGCCAGGCGUACAGUCGCAUAAAGGAGCAAAACGCCCGGGUGGCAGAGGACGUGAAUCUGAACGCCAGGUACUCGAAGCUGGUGAUCCUCAACAAGCACCUUGAUGAAGAGCAAUGGGAGCAGGAGAUCAUGGCCAUGGGACGGAGGCACGGAGAUCCCAACCCCCCCAUUGCUAUCGGUGCCCUCUUCAAGCCCGGCCCUGAUGGCUGCAUCCCCAAGGUGGUCGUGCUCCUGGGAGCUGCGGGCAUGGGCAAGACGAUGACGGCCAGGAAGAUCAUGCUGGACUGGGCAUCCAACAAGAUGUUUGCCGAGUUUGACUAUGUCUUCUACAUCCACUGCCAGGAGGGCAACCUCCUGGACAGACAGGCCAGCAUGGCCGACCUCAUCACCCAGUGCUAUCCUGGCAGCUCUCCGCCGCUCGCCCAGAUGCUGGGGCAGCCGAAGAAGCUCCUGUUUGUGAUCGAUGGCUUUGAUGAGCUCUGCUUUUCCUUCGACCAGCACCAGUCUGAGCUGUGCUCAGAUCCCUGGGAGCAGCAGCUGGAAAUCACCCUGAGCAGCCUCUUCCGCAGGACGCUCCUGCCCAAGAGCUCCCUGCUCAUCACCACGAGGCCGGCCGCCCUGCAGAAACUGCGCAGCUGCCUGGAGUGCGAGCGCUACGCUGAAAUCCUGGGGUUUUCGGAGGCAGAGAGGAAGGCGUAUUUCCACAGGUUUUUCGAAAAUGCGGAGCAUGCGCAGCAGCUCGGCCGCACCGGCAGUCUCCCCCAGAGCCCGAAGACCACGACGGGGAUCUACGUCCUCUACCUUUUCGCUCUGCUCCGGUCUCUGAGCCGCCAGCCAAAGGAAGGCAUGCCCACAGUGCUCAGGAGACUGUGCUGCCUGGCGGCCGAAGGCAUCUGGAAGCAGAAGGUCCUCUUCAAGGAGAAGGAGGUGCGGGCGUACGCACUGCACGAGGAAGAAGUCCUCCCGCUCCUCCUCAAUGAGCACCUCGUCCAGAAGGACAUCUCCUGCGUCAGCACCUACAGCUUCAUCCACCUCAGCUUCCAGGAGUUUUUUGCGGCACUUUUCUACCUGCUGGAAGAUGAAGGGGAGGCACAGGAACCCCUGGCCGGUCCCCCCAGCGACGUGAAGGAGCUGCUGGAGAGCUACGGCAACUCCAGGAACUACUUCAUGCUAACCGUGCGGUUCCUCUUUGGGUUCUUAAAUGAGGAACGCAGGAUGGACCUGGAGGAGGAGUUGGGGUGCAAAAUCACACCCAGGAAUACACAGGAGUUACUGGCGUGGCUUCAAAACAGCCAGAAAACACCCCUGGCUCUUCUGAUGAAGCAGGCAGCAGUGAUCCGCGAGCUGGAGGUCUGCCAUUGUCUGUACGAGCUCCAGGACGAACAAGUUGUGGCGACCGCCUUGGACCCUUUCGUGGGGGUGUGCCUACGAGGGCUCAACCUUAACCGCUUCGAUCAGAUGGUCCUCUCCUUCACCGUAAAAAAAUUCCCCAAGCUGGAGUCGCUCGACCUGGGGCACUGCUCCUUUCUGUGGGAAGACCCCGAGGACGACGUGGGCCCGCCGCCGGCCGGGUUGAUGAGGGCCCGGAGCCGCAAAGCGGCAAAUCCCUUGGAGCCCAAAGAGCCGCGCUGGCGGGUCUCCUCGCUGAACGGGGACGACGACCACAUGCCACCACGGCUUGCCACUCGGCGGGACGGGCUCUUCUCCUGCUCCCCUGGGGCCAACCGUGCAGACCGGCCCGGUCUGUGGACAUCAUCGGUGGUGGCCCUGUCGGCGAGGGGUUGGUUUGAUCGGUGCCAGCUCACCGGGGCCUGCUGCGGGGCUCUGGUCUCCGUUCUCAGCAUUAACCCCACCCUGACGGAGCUGGACCUGGCUGGGAAUGAAGACCUGAGGGACGGCGGCGUGAAGCUGCUGUGCGAGGGGCUGAGACGCGGCGCCUGCCAGCUGCAGAUGCUGCGGUUGGGCUGCUGCAACCUCACGGCCACCGGCUGCAAGGACCUCGCCGCCGUGCUGGGCACCCUGCGCAGCCUGGUGCAGCUGGACCUGAGUGACAAUCCCCUGGGGGACGGCGGCAUGCAGGAGCUGUGUGGGGCACUAGCGAGACCCAGCUGCGGCGUGCAAAAGCUCUG